CGCAGGUUCACUCGAAUAUUCCUAGUAUACUAAUUCAUUCACCUGCUUGGAAUCUGAUCACCAUUACAGCCUACGCCUUGUAGGGAUCAAUGUGCAUGGAUGUCUUGUUGAGAGAGGUCAUGAUUUCAUCAACUCUUUUUUAUCUUUUCUUGGCUACUCUACAAGCAAAGACAGCAAUUUUUUCAGUAUUGGCCGCAAGUGGAUGCAAGGAAAUGGAUUUCAAAGUGACGAUGAAAGACAACACGCUGGCCAAUCACGUCUUCAAAACCGUACGAGCCACGAACGAUGCGCACUGCGAAUCCCAGUGUUUCUUGGAUGAUCGCUGUAUCUCCUACAGCUUUGGCACAAGUGCGAGUGGAGAGAAAUACAUGUGUGAGCUGAGUGACUCGGAUCACUUUAUGCAUCCUGAAGAUCUGGUGAGAAGACCUGGUGUCAUCUACAGAAGUGCUCAGAACACAUGCCCCUGCAGGGGGAGACAGACUUGUCGAUAUGACUUCAUCCAGAAAACUGCAAAGUGCGUUUGUCCCACUGGCUUCACUGGACAAAACUGUGAAACAAAUAUCGAUGAUUGUUUCGACAACGCUUGUUACAAUGGCGGCAGUUGCGUAGAUCAAGUCAAUGGCUACACAUGUCAGUGUGUUCCUGGAAGAACUGGACAGAGAUGUGAAAUUGAUAUCGAUGAUUGUCAAUCCAGUCCGUGUGUUAACGGAACGUGCUCAGACAGACUCAAUGACUUUUGGUGUACCUGUGUGCCAGGCUAUAGCGGGAAAACGUGCGAUAUUGACAUUAACGAGUGCCAGAGUAAUCCCUGUCUAAACGGCGGCACCUGUCACGACAAGGUGAAUGGUUUUGAGUGCAGCUGCACGAAUAAGUUCUAUGGGUCAAGAUGUGAAAAUCUUGAUAAUUGCGUGGCACAUCCAUGUCAGAAUGGAGGCACCUGCAUCAAUAAGUCAAUAUAUCGGGGUGGAUGUACCUGUCCGGCCAACUACUUUGCAUUCAGAUGCCACCAUUUUGAUCCAUGCGGAGCAAACCCAGGCGUCUGCAAAGAUGGAUCAACUUGCCGUAAUGCCCUUUUGUCACAUGGAGGCUAUUAUUGCGUGUGUCCUGAUAGAAAACGUUAUUAUUACGAUAAAUGUUAUGACUAAUAAUUGUUAUUACUAGUACGGCGGAUAGGGUAGAUAAGAGAAACCAGGUUUUCAGACUUUACAAGUCAGACUCGGGACUGGCAUAUUGACCCAACGUUUAAUUUUUGGUACCAAUUCUUUUAAUAUUCUUGAUAUCGUAUGUAAUUGCAUGAAGUCUAG